AUGACGCGCACCGCCAUUGCGUUUUGGCGCGAAAUGCCAAUCGCUGUCGCACUGUUCGUGGCAUUGGCAUGCACCGUUUCAGCCAGAGACAUUGUUUUAGAUGGUAGAAAUGCUGUGAUAGAAGUAUCGACGUAUGAAAAACUACGGCUUAUAUGCGGAUUGAAACAGAGACAAAUGUCCUCAAUACACUUCUUUUUUGAUGGAAACCCUAUCGAAAUAUUUUCCUGGGACAGUCAAUUGAGACAACGGAUGGUUCAACAAAAACAAUGGUUAAGAAUAAGAUCGUUCAGAGCAAAAGAUGCUGGGAAAUAUUCUUGCACGAGCGAUGAGGAUAAAAGCAAAGAGUUGAUCGUCACAAUUAAACACAAGCCAGAUUUCGCACCGGAUAACAUUGAAGAAUAUCAGUCAGACGUAGACGUCUUACGACCGAUGCCCGAAAUUCUAUCACAACAUUCAGCCCCUUUGGUAGAUAAUAACACUAUCGAAGAAAACGCGAAUGAUCAAAAACUAAAAUACAAAGAAUAUGACAAUAAAGACGACGAUCUUGAUGAGAAGAACGAAAAAGAACAUCUUAAUUAUGGACAUGUUGACGAUACUAAGUCCAAAUAUGAACCAAAGUUUAGGCAUCCGUCGAAAAUGUUUAAGAUGGAAAUGAAACCGGCAGGAAGCUCGAUCCGCUUUAAAUGCCCAUCAGAAGGUAACCCAAUGCCAAAUAUAACUUGGUAUAAGAAUAACGGAACGCCUAUAUCAAGAAUUUACUUCAAACCGUCGUACGGGAAGUGGUCGAUGGCACUUGAUGAGCUGACGAAAGCAGAUAAUGGAAAUUACACCUGUAAAGUUUGUAACGAAUUGGGAUGCAUCCAGCACACUUAUACACUUCACAUUCAAGAACGAUAUCCAUCGAAGCCGUAUAUUAAAGAAGGGUAUCCGGGGAACAUAACAGUUCUCGUAAACGAUACGGUGCAGUUGACUUGCCCGCCUGUCUCUGAUCUAGAGCCUGACGUAUAUUGGAUUAGACCUACAAAUUAUUCUGUAAAAGAUUCAGAAGUCGGCCCCAGUGACUCACCAGCUCCUGUUGGAGAUAUAGUUGAGGUGCCUUUAGAUUUUUUGAAUUUAGGUGGAGAGCGUUUAUACGCGAAGCCCGUGCUAACUCAAGCGGCUGUCAAUCAAACAAAGUUGGUCGGUGAGACAGCUAGGUUUAGUUGUGAGUUCCUCACCGACCUCCACCCGUCUCUAUAUUGGAUGUAUUUCAAUAAACACGAGUACAUCUAUAACGAGACUACUACAGACGUCUCUACUAAAGAGUCAAUUGUGUAUAAAGAUGUUACAAAAAUUGUCACGAGUGAAAACCCGGAAGAUAAACCUGAACAACUAACACUUUACAACGUUACCAAAGAGGACGAGGGUUGGUAUGUUUGUGUAGCCCUCAAUAGUCUUGGGAACACUACUGCGAAAGGAUAUCUCACUGUUUUAGACUCAUUACCAAUAACAGAAGUACUAGAUCAUGGCAAACACACUGUAGUUGUAAACGUUGUGACCGCGGUGCUUGGAGCUAUGUUCUUCGUAGCAGCGAUCAUUGUUGUGAUGAUAUUCAAGAAGUUAAGACAAGAGAAGGAGAAGAAGCAAUUGGCAAUAGAAACAGCAAGAGCUGUAAUAGUGACACAUUGGACGAAGAAAGUCACUGUUGAAAAGCCUCAGAUGAACGGUACACCGAAUGCGGCUGGAGAAGGUUUGUUAAUGCCAGUAGUAAAAAUUGAAAAACAGAAGUUAUCGCAAGUCCAAAGUAAUACUUGUGAUUCAAUGAUGAUGUCAGAAUACGAACUACCAGUCGACAUUGACUGGGAAGUACCGAGAGAGUCACUGUGUAUAGGGAAAGUGCUGGGUGAAGGAGAAUUUGGAAAAGUGGUGAAAGCUGAAUGUGUCGGGAUAUUGAAGCCAGGGUUGCAGUCUGUCGUAGCCGUCAAGAUGUUAAAAGAGGGCCACACAGACGCGGAGAUGAUGGCAUUAGUAUCAGAAAUGGAAAUGAUGAAGAUGAUAGGAAAACACGUGAAUAUUAUCAAUCUGUUGGGAUGCUGCACUCAAGAUGGACCGCUUUAUGUAAUCGUAGAGUACGCGCCGAAUGGCAAUUUAAGAGAAUUUCUAAGGAACCAUAGACCUGGAAAUAGAUACGAAUCUCCUGCAGAGGACUUGAAAGAAAAGAAAACUUUAACACAAAAAGACUUAGUGUCCUUCUCGUACCAAGUAGCCCGGGGAAUGGAAUAUUUAGCAUCAAGAAGGUGCAUUCAUCGAGAUCUCGCAGCACGUAACGUGCUAGUGUCAGAUGACUGUGUCCUCAAAAUAGCAGAUUUCGGUCUCGCAAAGGACGUGCACAGCAACGACUACUACCGCAAGAAGACCGAGGGCAGGCUGCCGGUGCGGUGGAUGGCGCCCGAGUCACUCUACCACAAAGUGUUUACAACACAGACUGACGUGUGGUCUUUCGGUGUGCUCCUCUGGGAGAUCAUGACGUUGGGCGGCACGCCCUACCCCACCGUGCCCGGCCAGUACAUGUACCAGCACCUCAGCGCCGGCCAUCGCAUGGAGAAACCGCCGUGUUGUAGUCUCGAAAUAUACAUGUUAAUGCGUGAGUGCUGGUCCUUCUCUCCCGGAGACCGACCGUCCUUCACCGAGCUGGUUGAAGAUUUAGACAAAAUCCUAACAGUUACAGCUAACCAAGAAUAUCUAGAUCUAGGUCUACCACAGCUAGAUACACCACCGUCUAGCUAUGACGGUUCUGGAGAUGAGAGUGAUAGCGAGUUUCCGUUCAUAAAA